UGCCCCACAUCACCCAUAUCCCCCUUUGUCCCCAUGUCCCCCUCUGUCCCCCAUGUUCCCCUCUACAUCUCCCUUUUGUCCCCAAUGUCCACCACGUCCCCCUCUGUCUCCUGUCCCCCUUUGUCCCCCCCAUGUCCCCCGCAUCCCUCUUUGCCCCACAUCCCCCUUUGUCCCCAC